GUCAAAACCAUUUGUUUACGUCCGCAGCGUACCGAAGUGCGAUUCCCGUGCGAAAGGCUAAUAAAAAGGCAAAGUUUAUUGUUAUUUUACGAAAACUAGCUAAACGUUUAGUGCAUUUGGAAACAUUUUAAGUGUGCUGUGUACACAUAACGCGCAUGAGCGUUACCAAACAUCCGAAAAGCAGCUCCGAAUCGCGGUAACCCCGUUUGCUCGUUUGUUUACAUUGUGUUUGUUGUGUUGUGUGAAGUAGUGCGCUGUGUUUUUUCAACUUUGCACGAUGGAUACCGAGCCGAAAGAACUUUCCAUGGAGGAAAUAAGAAAAUUUAUGGUGCUGAAUAACUAUAAGCUCACCAACCACACGCUGGUGAAGCACUUCCGCAGCUUUCUCACGAACAAAGAUACCCAAGAUGAAGCUCGACGACGGUUCAAGGAAUAUGUCAACAAAAUUGCAUCGGUAAAGCACGAGGGUAACGAGAAGUACCUCGUUCUGCGGCGCAAGUACUACAAUGGCAUUCCUCCGGAAGAUGCUGGCACCGAAUCGCAGCCUAUGAGUCCGGCGUCGCGGUCCUACGGUUUGCUUGGGUCCGAUAGUGAAGCUUCCCCGCUGCGGCAGCCCCCACCGUACCGUCCGCCCCCGGUGGUGUCUCCAGACACGGUGUCGUACCAAGGCAGUCCGCGCGGCAGUAUCGCUCUGAAUCGGCGCAACAGCUCCGAUUACGUACGCAGUGGGUCGGAAAUAAGCUUCGGCAGUGAGUUUGCAAGUGUAGACAGUAGGAAAGUGAAUCCGUUGCUUGUGCGCAGUAACAGCAACGACACACGCUCACUUCCGGAUGGUGGUCGUAAGCCGAGCGUGGACAUGAUGGUGCCAUAUGAUGACGGAGCUCCUCCAGCCAUCCCACCCCGUAAGCGGGUAAGUGAAUCGGGAGGCAGUAUUGCAUCGAACUCGCGCCAAAAUUCGGUCGAAGAGAGGUCCACAGGAUCAGUGAGUGAUACUAGAAGUGAAAAUAAGGAAAAUGUUGCCUCUGCUGAACCGGAGGAGAAGGGAGUGGUUGCAUCGGAAGAGAACAAGCUGAGUGUAAAGGAAAAGAUGAUGAAGUUUAACCGAUUCGCAUCGGAAGAAGAGGCCAAGAUUCCAUCACCGAUUGGGAAGAAGAAACCGGACAAGAAUGCCGAGGAAACACUCAAUACCGAAAACUUGAUGCAGCAUCCAAAUGCCAAGGAAUGGUUAAUAGCUGCAGCAAAAUCUGACUAUCAGCUGCUGGCGAAACUGUCCACCGAGCAUCCCAAUCUGGUUAAACUGCAGGACAUCAGCACGGUAAGGAAAACGGGUACAAAUUGUACAUUGUCAGCAGCUUUCUUCGCUGACGGCCAAAAAUGGGACCAAGCGUAUGAUCGAUGAAUCGUGCUCAUGCGGUCAUGGUUACUGUUGUGAAUUUGUCUACCGUUUCGUUGAGUUUUGAUGUGUUUUAUGUAAUUUUAUUUAGCUAUUUUGUGUCUUUUGAUACGAGCAUCGUUAAAAAUUAUUAGGAUGAGCCAGAAGUGCUAACAUAAGUCUACUACUUUGAAACAGUUUCUCCCAGAGCUUCUCAAUUGAGCUUUUAUCGUACAGUAGCAACAGUCUCACCUUCCACCUAUCAUAUGUUAACAUGUUUUUACCUCUUAUUCAUACACUCGCCCUAGUCGUCGUCCAUCGUGAAAAGGCACCCAUUUAGAUAGCUACAAAUUAUCCAUAUCUCAUAAGUGGUUGAUGGUCCCCGGACCAUCUCCCAAAACAAAUAAAUAAAUGACGAAGAUAGGAACAGCAGGAUAAAGUCGGUCAUGCUACGACCAGCAGGCCGGCUGACACCCCAUUCAGCACACGGUCGGCUCACCCGAACCAGCUUAGCUGGAUAUAAUUAAUUUAAAACGAAUUAGCACCGAACAGAGUCGUUAACGAUAUUUCUUAGGUUAUGCACUUUCGCUGUUUCUUUUUUUUCUCGUCCCAUGUUUUACCUUUCGUGUGACGGUUUGUAAAUGAUAGGUGCACAUUGGCAGGCGAAGGCGAAACUAAAUUACGGGUAUCCAGAACAAUUCCGCGUGUUUUAUGCUUGAAAGCUUUUUGACAGGGUGUAAAACAAUAUAUGAUAUCCUCAUUAAAAUCUCAUUUGCGGAUUAUUUUUUUCAGACUGUAACACUUCUUUACUCAAGUAGCGAGUUGAUACAGUAAUUAAAUCGUUUAUUGAGCUGUAUAAAUAACAUAUAAACUAUAUGACUUCAUUGUAAGCUAAAGAUUUUUUAUAUAUUUAUUUUAGAAAAUUGUUCGUAAAGAUAAAGUAAUAGCACAACAUAAACAUCUGUAUUACUAACAACACUGUCACUGUAUUAUUUAAUAACAAAACAGUGUUUUAAUUCCACUCAAAACUCAACGAAAUGUCCGUAUUAGUUCAUUCUAAUUGGAGCAUAUGUUCUUUCUGCAUUUAAUGAAACAACGCUCAUGUUCUUCUUUCUACAUAAUUUUCUUCUCGUUUCAUGUAAAACAAAUUCAUCGACAAAUUCCCGAUGGCUUCCGUGGAACAUGUAUUCUUCCCACAACCAUCUUCGUCCGUACGGCCUGGCGCACACAUCAUCACCAUCUAAUCGGUGGACGACAUUCACAAACACACAACAACAAAAAAACCAUCAACCCCAACACAAUAUUACAUCCGCAACAUCAAACUUUUCGACACGGCGCCGCAAACACCGUUGGUGGUGAUGGCGCUCUCAUUUUCGGUAACAUAAAUUGCCUUGUUUUCAAUAUCUUUGCCAUCGUCACUGGUGUGCUGUAAUCGUCCUGAACCGACUUAAAUGGAUCGGGGAUCACUCACUGCAUAUGCUCGGUGCAUCUUUGGACACUUGGGCUAUUGACCUGACCGACGUUUGAUGAUUAUACGAGACGUAUCUAUCGCAAACUACAAACGUACAAAAACCACCGUUCAAAUUGAUACUCUGUCGUCACCUUCGAGUGUCUGUGUUUUUGCUCCCUGUGUUAUUCCCUUUCUAUCAUCAUUUGUGCGUUAUCACGCUACGUGCUAUUGUGAAAUACUAUCGUACGAUCUGGUGAUGUGAUGUACUUCCGCAACACAAAAUCGUCCCGAUUUGACCGAACCUAUAAUUUUACAUUCUAUCUAAUGCGAACGAUCAACCAACAAUUUCCCCCGGGUGUAUCGUUUUUUUGACAAAUGUGUCCAUCUAAACCGGGGUGUCUUUUUUCGUCGAUUCACCUUCACCGAUACUCUCCGAAUGGCCAACAAUAAUCCUUACCACCUCGAUGUCUUCUAAUGGUGGUACACUGUUACUGGUGCUGCUGCUGUUGCUGUUUCGCUACCGAUGGCUGAAAAAAAAUCGACCCCAAAACACACACUGUUGAUCCUGUCCCGGAUGAAUGCACCAUUUACUGUCCUGAUGACUGGGCCGAUGACAAUGCUAACAAUGUGUAAAUUCUACGACAAAAGGGCGUAAGUAU